AUGGGAGAUAAAUGGGACCCAGACGGAAGAAGGAAUCACGUCGUGCGGCUAGAUAAAGCAGAAGCGUGUCCAACAAUCAGAGAAGCUGUGCUUGCACAGAAAAUACAAGCAAAUGCACCGAACGCUGAGUUGCUCACGAAGGACCGGAGGAGCACCACCGAUCCCGCUAAGCCAAAGAAUCUUGAAGAAGUUGGAUCCACAACAGACAAUUUAGGGCGGAACAUGGUCGAGAAAAGAGAUGAGCAUUUGUUAGGCACGGGAAUCACAGCGAAACACUAA